GGGUGACCAUGGGGAUAUGAGGGGCCACCAUGGCAGGAGAUGAGGGGAGACUGAGGAUUGAGGGGUGGCUGCCGUGCAGUGCGAGAAGCCACCUUGAGGGGAGAUGAGGGGCAGCCAUGGCAGCUUGUGAGGCCAGGGGAAGGUGACUGGCAUCACCUCCCUCUGGGCUGAGGUGCUGCCACCACUGGCUCCUUCCCCCCACCGAGCAGCUGGUGCCCACUGCCCACGGGGGGUCCUGCCCCAUUCCUCUCCCCCAGCUGCCACCUCCUGACCCCCAGGACUGGGGGCUGGCAGCCCUCGGCACGGGGCUGAGCAUCGCUGGGCCAACCCACUGCCGGGGGAAGCCUCCACCAACACCAGUGGUGUGUGCAGUGCCCUCUCGGCCCCCCAGCCCAGCUGGUUUGAAAUGUUUUCGCUCGCCUGUUGCAGCAACACGUCUCCACAGAGAAAGCUGCCUCCUGAUGUGCAUGAGAUCGCCAGGCGAGGGAUCUCGUAGGCACCUGCCCGCAUCUGCACGUGCAAUAACUCCCUUCUCAUUUUAACAGGUGUGGAGGUGACUUAGAAAUCCAAGUCUGAGGAGCUUGGGAGGAAAUUUAGGAGCACUGCUGGAAGUAGAAGAUUUUGGAUUCUGUUUGGGUACUUUGGAGAAGACUCGAUGAGACCAGUGAAGCUGCUUCAGCAGGAUAAAACCCCUUGAGGUCUGUGGAGAGCUGCGGCAGGGACUGAGUCGGGGUCAUCAUAAAGUCCCCUCGAAGAGAAAUUAGCGCGUGUCCGAGAUGGCGAGCGUCCUGUCCAGGCGUCUGGGGAAGCGCUCCCUGCUAGGCACCCGCGUCUCUGCACCCAGCACCUUGGCCGACGGGGUGCUGGUGGCCACCCAAAUCCCUGGCUUGCAGACCGACCUCGGUCAGGCAUCUGCCCAUGCGGCGCUGCGAGAGGACGGAUCCUGCGCGCAGGCAGCGGAGGAGAGCAGCCAAGUACCCAGGUUCCCCGGCCACCGGCAGCUCUGUGCCGGGCAGCAGGUCCUCGUCACCUACAAUGGGCAGGAGUGCGCCGGCCUCGUGGAGCAGCACAACCCGCUGAGCGACAAGGUGAAGGUGCUGCUGCCGGAGCAGGGCUUGCAGGCGUGCUGGAGGGUGCAGGACGUGCGGCCGGCCACGCUCCAGCCCACAGCCCUGCCCACAGCCGGCGGUCCUGGCCCUGCUGAGGCGCUGCAGAGAUCCGUAUCCAGCAGUAUCGAUGUACCCAAAAGGAAAGCCGACGCCGCUGUGGAGAUGGACGAGAUGGUGGCAGCCAUGGUGCUGACGAGCCUCUCCUGCAGCCCGGUGGUGCAGAGCCCUCCCACUGGCGAGAGCGGCAUCCACCCCUCACGGGCAGCGUGCGAUCCCUGGAAGGAGAGCGGCGACGUCUCGGACAGCGGCAGCAGCACCACCAGCGGGCACUGGAGCGGGGGCAGCGACAUCUCCACCCCUUCGCCCCCCCACCCCGCCGGCAGCCCCAAGUACUCCAGCGAGGCCCUGAGCUCCCCCCAGGCAGAUGACGGCUUCGAGACUGACUCCGACCCCUUUCUCCUCGACGAACCCGCUCCACGCAAGAGAAAGAACUCAGUGAAGGUGAUGUACAAGUGCCUGUGGCCGAGCUGCGGCAAGGUCCUGCGCUCCAUCGUCGGCAUCAAGCGGCAUGUCAAGACCCAGCACCUUGGGGACAGCGCAGACUCUGACCAGCGGAAGCGGGAGGAGGAUUUCUACUACACUGAAGUGCAGGUGAAGGAAGAGCCGGCACCAGAGGCAGCCGCCGCCGCCAGCCCCACGUCCGCAUCCGCCCCCAUCAUCAUCCAGCAAGCGCUGGCAAAGCCGGAGGCGUUACUGGUGGAACAGCCGGUGCUGGAGCCCGCCCUGGCCAGCAGUGCCCUGAGCCAGUCUGCCCCCAGCUCCUUCUGGCACAUCCAGGCUGAUCAUGCCUACCAGGCGUUGCCCUCGAUACAAAUUCCAGUGUCCCCCCACAUCUUCACCAGCAUCAGCUGGGCCACUGCCACCUCGACCCUCCCGUCCCUGUCACCGGUGCGGAGCCGGUCGCUCAGCUUCAGCGAACCCCAGCCGCCGACGCCGAUGCUCAAGUCCCACCUGAUCGUCGCUUCGCCGCCCAGGGUGUCCAUCGGCACCAGGAAAGUCCGUGGUGAAGCCAAAAAGUGCCGUAAGGUGUACGGCAUCGAGCACCGGGACCAGUGGUGCACAGCCUGCCGGUGGAAAAAAGCCUGCCAGCGCUUCCUGGACUGAGCGCAGCACCGCGGUGCCGCGUCCCUCCCCUGCUCCUGCCCGGGGAGCACCGGAGUCCCUCACUGCUGCAACCAGGGACCUUGGAGGUACCUCCUGGGACCCCAGAAGACACCUCCAGAGCUGCGUGUAAAUUCCUCCUUCUGUAUAUUGUACAUCUGCUGGGUUUGCUCUUUUUUUUAAAAAAAAAUUUCCAACUUUUUCUUUCUUUUUUUUAAAACCUGAAGAAUAUCUCCCUUUGUACGGUAAAAGCUGGGGCUGGGAGGGAAGGAAGCCAGUUCCUCAGGGUUCGGGGGAGGUUGGAGGCAAUCUGGGGACCAAAGAGCUUCCUGCAUUUCCCAGAGCAGCCCUAAAAUCUCCCGAACUGUCGCGGCGUGACUGGGGUGAAGCGUUGAGGCAGCUUCCCGUGACCUUUUGACUACCUAAAAAGUGCAAAUCCCUCGAACCCUUUAAGGGAGAGGGUCCGUAACAAUUAUAGCUUUAAAAAAGAAAACGCUGUUGGGUUGCUGCAAGCAAGGCAGGAGCGGUUCUUGGGGCAGGAGCCAGAAGUUUCUCUCUCCGUGUGGAUGUGGUCUUUGCUCAGGUCACGUCACACCCGUAGCUCAAGCCCACACGUGUCUCCAGUCAGUUCCAGCGUGUUGUUUUUGGAGGCAUUUGGGGGGAAACCUCCCCUCUCCCCCCAAACAUUUUAAUCAGGAAAACACUGAGAAUAUUUAAGGCAAAAGCUGGUGUUUCUUCUCAUUUUAGGCUUUGUAAGUCUGCUUAGCUCCGUGAAAAAUCUGUGUUGUGGCCCUCGCCGUGUCUUUCAAAACUAGGCUGAGCAAUUUUUAUUUUUUCUAAUUAAUGAUUCCACCAGUAAAGGCAGCUGGGGGGAAUCGGGAAGGGCUUUCCCUUAGCAUCACCAUAUGGCCCCAAUUCAGCAAAACACUUCAACAUUUGCUUUGAAUCCCGUUGAGCCUGGAGGGGAGUCAGUUUUCUGACUUCCAUCCUUUAAAAGAUAUAUUUACCCAACCUGACUUGCUGCUGGUUUCCCAUCGCUGCCACAGCUCUCCCACCUACACCAGCAUUGCUGGUGCAUCAGGCUGGGAUGUGUGUGGCUGAGGGAGCUGCGUUGCCCCAUCAGCUUUUUUAGGAUUUUUUUUUUUUUUAACAGGAUUUGUAUUAUUUUUUUUCUCUGCGUUUUUGAUAAUCAUAGGCUGUAACCCACAGCUGUCAAGCCGAGAGCGAUCCCUGCACACGGCUUGUGCCCGGGGUGCUUCUAAGGACCCUCCUUAUAAAGGAGGUUUUAAGGACUCUCCUUAUAAAAGCAAAUUAAGUGGCUGGGAGGGUGUGGUAUUGCUCCGGAUCGCUGCGAGCCCUCUUGUUGAAGAGUCAGGUGGGCAGGCGAAGCGGGUUGAGAUACUUAUAUAUGUGUUACUGGUGCUUGUCGACGCAUUUGGGUAUUUUUGUUGCCGUUCACUUGCAAUUCUAUAGGUAUGAACAGUAUAUUGUCCUGCAACCUGAUAUUCCCUCCAGUAUCGAACGAACCGCUGCAAAAUUUGGCUGCUGGAAAGCAGGAGCAGAGCUCCCCAGGCGGGGUGCGACCCCGCGGGGUUACAUCCCAGGUGGGUCUGGGCAGGUCCGGCUUAAAUCCCGGGAAGAGGAGAGGUUUUGCUCCCUGAGAGCCUCUGGCUCUGGCUCCCAUCCCUGCCGGGGCCCAGUGUGAGCAGCAAAAGGGCAGGAAAAGCCUUUUCCUCUCCCGCCAACAUCGGAGACUUUGCAGGUUCCCAGGUUGAGCGUUUUAUUACAAAAACAACUUUCCAAAGCGCGUUGCAGGUUGGUGCUCUGCAUCCGCAGCCCUGUAGCGAUUAAUUGCGUGGUGGUGGUGUUGCACUCCUCAAAAAUAGUUUUGUUUUUUUGUUUGUUUUUUUUUUUUUUUUUAUUAAGAAAGCCCUCACGCCUUUGCUGCUGAUUGACCUCCAGCAUUACCCAUCCUGCGUGGCCCUGCGGAGCUCAGCCCAUUCAUCCUUCUGGGGAAGCGCCUGACAGCAUUUUCAGGGAUGCUGCUGGCUCUCCGUAAGCAAGCCGGCGCUUUGGGAAGUCCCACACAGCACCUAGCUGCAUUUUAAUUUU